AAUUGGAAAGGUUGUCCGACAGCCUGUACUGCAGGUUCAUAUGCACCUCUCGCCUCCUUUCUUUCGCAAAACAAUUGUCGUCUGUCGAGUCUUUGGGGUCUGCCUAUAACGGGAGACUAGGUGACGACGUCGGGAAUGUUGAAGAGAUGCUAUCUGAGUUUUCGGAUUUUAACAAGGAGGGAAGUCAUUUCAAGAUGUCCGACAAGUCCAUAUACACAGCGCAGUCAAUGGAACUCCUUUACAUGUGUGGUUGGUUUCCAGAUCUUGGGUCGCCUCAUGGGACCCAUGGAAACUUCUUCGGGCGUCAAUCUAUUGUAUUCUGACACGCUGCAUCCUGCUGGUUGCUAUUUCAUUGAGUCCCCUCAACCCAGUCAACCCAUCGUCUGACGUUCUCGAGAGGACUCAACCGACAUGGCCAGGUUUCAGUGGGAAAAUCUCGAACAAUUCAUCAGCCUAACGAAUCUGUUGUCUCUACGCAAUGGCGGACAGCUUGGACCGGGAAAUACGUCAAAAGACGAAGACGUCGGGGUUGACGUUGACUUCAACGGAGGCAAUUCGGAUACUGGGGAUAGCAAGGAAGACGAGCUCAAGGAACGCUUUCUGGACAGGUUCGCGGAGAUUCUGUCAAGAGACAAGGGGGGAAAACAUGUUUGUUGUGUAGCACUCCGGGAGUCGGGGGACCGACACCUCGACGAGGACGUCAGGAUUUCGCUGCUGGUUGCCCGUAAUGACACUUUCAACGAGCAGGAUGCGAAAUUCUUUCGCACUCUUGAAAGGCUACUCGCGGCCAUUGGUGCUUCCGUGUACGAUGACACAAUCAGCCCACACGCAAUUGAACAGCAGCUGUGGGAGGAGCUAGUGCGUUACAACCAACCUCGUCUGGGGCUCUAUGCGGAUAGCUUGCACGACAAUUUGAAAGCAUUCAAAGCUGCUGGAUCCCAGGACACCAUCCCUUAUUACACUCCUCAGCCACCACAGAAUGAUGAUUCUGAACACGCAACUUUCUGUGACGACUCUUGUAUCGGUCCGUACUCGGAGGCUACUCAUGACGACUAUAUGAAGCUUGCACAGAAGCAUAUCCUCGAACUUGAUACUAUUCUUUCCGCUGGUGACAGAGCCACCCAACAACGCCUGCUCGCUGAGCAUACCUAUUCCAUCCGACAUAUGAAAUCGCUCAGGAUAUAUAUCGAUUCCUGUCCCAAAGCCUCCGUUGGGCGUAGGCUUCUCUCGGACAUCCUCUUCUUGGGCCGCCUAAGGUCCUGCUAUUACACACUCGUGGAAGCGGCGCGCAACAUUACCGGAUUUGCUCGUCUAUCUAUCGUUCUUGUGAAGAACCUUCCACCUCGCGUCUGUCCGGCCACUUUGCCCUCUUUGCCAGAUGCAAUGAAAUACCUGGGUCAGAGCUCGAAUCCGAGCUCGGUUAAGAGAUUCAUUAACCCGAAGUCAAGCGUCAUCAGUGCAGAACGAAAUUUUAAACAAAUUCAGAACAAUCUCUCUCGCAAGCAUCUCCACACCCAUGCGGAGCUUCAGCUCGUUCUUUAUAUGACAAGGACGGUUGACGUGAAGACCAUGAGCAGGGAAACAUACCCGUACAUCGGAUGCAGCAAGUUAUCCUGCUUUCUUUGUACAGCUUUCCUCGAGUCCUUUGAUCACGAUGGGUUUACGUUCAGGACUCGCGGAAGUCACAGCAAGAUUUACACGUUGUGGUCCAUCCCGGACAUGGAUGGGCUUUGUGAAGAUAUGGUCGCCGCCCUCCAUUCCGCGCUGAAGAAGACGCGGAACCUCCUUGUUCGCGAGAUGAUCAAGCCUAUUACGGUAGCUUCUCAUGUCGCCGAAUCAACGGCUGCAGUUACGGACUAUAACCUCCAAUCAUCCUUGGUCCAUCAAUAUCACAAAACUCUGGCUGCUCAACGUGAAUUCGAUUCCCUCAGUGCAAAUGCACCCAAAAUUUUAGCUAGGAAUUUUGACCCAGUCGAAGAAGUCGAGACCUAUGAUGUACUGAUUGCCUUAGAGCGUUCAAAAACUCCAGAGCUUUCUGGAGAAUGCGAAAACUGCGAACGCGAGACUGGGAGGAAAUGCUCUAAAUGUCGUGGGCCGUGGCUGUGCAGUGAACGCUGCGAGAACGAGUGGGACUACCAUGGACAUACUUUCAAGUGUGCCAUAGGUCGGCCUCUUGAUACUGCCGACUACCUCGUCCGGGCGUGUUGGACGGACUGGUUGGAUGACCUUGAUGAAGACACCAAGGAAGAUUUCGGAUUCGCGAAGUUUGCAUCGGUUUACGAUGUGCAGAAACUCUUUGGUCUUUAUGUCGGCCUUACCCGUAUGGGAGUUGGAACCCGUGAAUUGCACAAGUGGCAAACAGAAGGCACGCUGACGGAAAACAUCACAGCAAAAUACGAGGCCAUACCCGAACGCCAUCGUGGCGGGUACUAUCCAUGGUUCCGUGAGAAUCUGCACACCUUUAACUCGCGAGGCGCAACCCCCGACAUUUUGGCGGUCGCCAGACCAUACCUCGACCCAACGGAUAGGGAGAAAGAUCCCCACCAGUUGGUCCCAGAAGCGAAACGCAAGUCGUUCAUACUGUAUGCCCUGCUUUUGAACGGAUACCACCCAAAUCCCUCUAUCGAGCCUGACACGAUCUGCAAAGAGCUCUACUUUGAGUUCGGCUUCGUAACUGGCCGUGGCUCCCAAGGCGAACAGGUGUUACCCUGGGUAUACAGGAAACUCAUUCCCGAGUGCACUUUUACGGAGUUUUGGACUGCAUUUCAAUCCAACAACCUCGUCGCGUUGAUGGAUGCAAAAGGGCUUGAACCGGAACGCAAGAAAGUUCAGCAUUUCGAGGCCUUCAUGAAGAUCAAAGGCAACGAUUGGUGUCCUACUGUGUGGCACCUCAGACUCUUCGUUCACUCCCCAAAUGUGGAUCCUCCGCGAUAUGUCACUGUGGACUAUGGAUUUUUCAACUGCAAAACAGUUGAAGAAAAAUUCUCUUUGAAAGGAGUGUAUAAGGAGCUGUUGGCAAUGGUCGACCCCAUGGAGUUGCAUGCGGCUUGUAUCAAAGGAAAACUGUACGAUUUCCUUCGUAGACAUAAGCCGAAUCUCGAGCAGAGGUUCAAGAGGUUGAUGACCAACUCCUAUCCACUCCCCGGCAACGUUGAAUGGGCUGGCAUGUGCGCGGAACGCGUCGAGAUCCAUGGUUUGACGGCUGAAGUCGCUCAAAAUAUGAUGUCUACCUUGGGUCAACAAAAUGUUCGUAUCGUCCACGUGAAAAAGUAAUGGCUGGGCUUGAUGGCCUGGUUUGCUUCUGCCCUGUACA